GCACUUGCAUCCUGUCCACCUCAAAAACAAACGAAAGCCUUACCCCAGAAAAGGGAAUAGAAAAAUUCUCUAACAUCAAGAGUUUUAGAACAAAAACAAUGGCGUUUAAGUUUAAACCCGUGUUUGGCUACACAGUUGUUUAUGUUGAGAACGUGGCUAAAUCAGUAGAUUUCUACGCAAAAGCCUCUGGUUACAAUGUUCGUCGCUUGGACGAGUCUCACAGCUACUAUAAAUGCAUAUAUUCCCUUAAAAAUAUAAUGGGAUGUGAAGGGUUUAAUUUUGGUUACAGAUGCGGAGAGCUGGAGAGUGGGCAGACCACUAUAGCCUUCACUCCAAAAUAUCAACAUGAGACGGAUAAGCUAACUGGUGCAGUCCAAGUCCCAAGAUCUGAUAGCGAGCGAACCCCGAUGGAACUCUGCUUCGUUUACUCACACGUCGAUACUGCUUACAAGCGAGCGGUGGCGGUGAGACAGCCUGAGAAAAAGGAAUGGGGACAAAGGGUCGAUUACGUACGUGACAUCGAUGGCAUAACUGUGAGGAUGGGCAGCCAUGUUCACCCACCAAAACAAGCUUGAUUUGAAGCCAAAUAAAUUAUUACUGCUUUUAAAACUGAACAGUUAAAUCUCUUAGUUUAUCUAUCAAAGUUGUCACUCCUUGUCCCCAGAGUACAUGAAUUAUUUUUAUAUUUACGGCUCAAAUUAUAGUAAUAUCAUUAACAGAUGACUAUAUUUGUCUAAACUUUUAAGCAUAUUCAAUUGUCAACUAUUAUAUUAUAUAUUAGCUUUCCCAGUAAUAAGAUAAAUAAAUAGCAUGUAAUAAAAAGACAAUUUGUUCAUCAAAAUAAAGAGUUAAAAGUCACGAAUGAGACGUUAUGAUGAUAUGAGACUGCUACUCAAAACACUACUAAACAAAACCAGAACCAAAACGCUUUCGAAUACAAAAGAACACUACCACUUAAAAGCACAAUAAAUAAAAAUAGAAAGAGAUAGGGAAGGGGAAGGGGGGCUUUAAGUUUUAAGGCACUCCCUAGAUUCACAAGGACUCUGCGGUGUAAUCAGCCGCAACUCAUCUCCCUACAUGAUAAAAAUUAAGGCAUUCCACGGGUUCAUAUAUUCUAGAGAAGGAACAGCAGCAACAGCCAUCAUUGAUCACAACAUUUCUUGCGACCGUCGGACACAGCGACCAACCUUUCUCUUAAAUUCAUCU